GUGUUUGUUAGAAGGUUCACUAUUUCAAAAUUAUUAUCGAUUGUUCAGUAUGCACGUAACCCCACUCUGACCGCAGGCUCCUAAUCCAUCUCUAUAUGACCGGAACACGCCGUUUGAAAGCGGUGGCGACCGCCGUAGUUGCCGUGUGAUUGGAUCUUCUUUCAAUUCUUCCUCUCCAAAUGAAUUUCCUCAUUUCUAAUAAAGCAAUUUGCUUUUCCUGUCUUCAUUUCCCAGCUCCCAAUAAUCUAUUUCACUGGCAAAACCCAAAUCUCAUAAUCCGUUACCAGAAGAGAUGGCUUCCGAAAACGUCCAUAUUCUGUUCCAACGCAGAUUACAACCUGACGAACUCCGCAAGAUACGGCGGCUGGGAUGAUAAUGGACUUGUAAGUGAUUCAGAUCAGUUCCGUAAUUUUUUGGUUUCCUUUGGCAUCGAUCAUAAAAGACAUUUGUUCAUAUUUCUCUUUGGGUUUUUAUGUGCUCUGGCCAUUUCCAGAGUUAAAGUUUCAUCAAUUGCUGUUUUUCCAGCUUCUGUUUUUGUUUUUGCUGUUGGUUUUUCUCUUGGGUUUGUUCGUGGUGGAAGUAUAGAUGAGCUAAAUUUACUUGGAAAUAAAAAUCGGGGGAAAGAGGAAAUUUCUGGGUUUCACGCUGAGAAUUUAAGAAAUUUGGAGAAGUUUUUUGAUGGGUUUGCUGUCAAACUUGAUAAUUUGAAAUGUAGUAUACAGAACGCCAUUGAUUCUAGGGAAAUUACACUUACGGAUUUAGAAAGCUAUGUCAAAAUUUUAGAAUCGAGUGAUUUUUCAACCUCCAAUGCUUCGAAGGUUGUUGAGGCCUUGAUUUAUAAUGGAGGCAAGUCCAAAGCUGUUAUUCUUGAGAAUCAUAAACCAAGUAGGAAAAUUAAAGACCUAGGAGACGUGGGGUUUGAGCUUUUGCAAUCCUUUGGCAGUUUGCUUGGAGAAAAGUUGGUUGGUUCCAAGCCUAACAAAGUGAAAAACAAUGUUAAGCCACAAAUGGCAAUCAAUUCGGUUGCCAAUCAAACUAAAAAGAGCUCAAUACCGUCUGAAAUUGGUUCAAUAGACACUGAUUCUGAUUCUAAUCCAGCCAUAAGUUCAGAUAACAUUGAGGAAUCGAGGAAAAAGCAUGCUAUGGAGAUGGAUUAUUUUACAAAAAUUAACAUUACUCAAGAGGGAGAUAGAAUUUAUUCAAAGGGAAUGCACGGGAGUUCCAAAAGAUUUAUUAAUGAUGAAGAGUAUAGCUACCAGAAUAAUCGAUUGCAGUACCAAGACAAUUGCCUUAAUAUUUCUAACAUGGGUUUUAACAGCAAACUCGAGAGUUCACGAUUCAGUGAUAAUUUGAUCGAUCCUGGGGACUAUAGUUUCAAAAUGAAACAUAGGGAGACUAAAACUUCAUUUGCAGAAGAGCGUGGAUUCAAUGAAAGUAUUGGAGCUUAUAGGUCCUCCCACAUGUCAAAGAGUGAAAGUGAACUUUAUAGAUCCCAGUUCAGAGAAGAUGGGGCAAGUAAAAAUGAAAGCUCCCAUUUAACUGAUCAACCAUUUGGAGAAGAGAACAAGGUUGCUUCGUCGUCAUCUUCAAUAAUUUAUGACGAUGCAAUGUUCAAUAAAUGUCUUAUGGAAGCUAAUGAUCUUCUGAAACAAGCCAAGGAUUUGAUGAAGUAUAGACGUGAUGAAGAACAUGUUGAGGUCAUAUUGUGCCAGUCUGCUAGUUUGUUGGCAAAAGCUACAACUAUGAAGCCCAUGAGUUUGUUGGCGGUUGGCCAGUUGGGAAAUACUUAUCUUCUUCAUGGAGAAUUAAAGUUAAGAAUUAGUCGCGAGUUAAGAGGACUUCUAGCAGGAAAAGAGCCCGGAUCUGUUGGGAAAUGGUUUGAAAUGGUGGAGGGACUAGAUGAUUCUGUUACUAGAAGAGAUAAGCUAACAUCCAUUCUCAUUAGUGUGUGUGAAGAGUGUGAAGAACUCCUUGUGAUGGCAGGUAGAAGGUAUAGAAUGGCAUUAUCCAUUGACCGGAAUGAUGUGCGAGCUCUAUAUAACUGGGGUCUUGCCCUCUCCUUUCGUGCCCAGUUGAUUGCAGAUGUUGGACCGGAAGCGGCCUUUGAUGCUGAUAAGGUCUUUUUGGCUGCCAUUGAUAAAUUUGAUGCAAUGAUGUCAAGAGGCAAUGUUUAUGCACCUGAAGCUCUGUUCAGAUGGGCUAUGACAUUGCAGCAACGAUCACGGUUAAGGCCUAACAAUAGCAAAGAGAAGGCAAAGUUGCUGCUGCAGGCGAAACGACUCUAUGAAGACUCGCUGAACAUGAACUCCGACAAUGUUAAAGUAAGGGAAGCCUUAUCGUCCUGCAUAUCCGAAAUCCAGUUCGGGCAGUAUUAGCAAUUUUGUGAGAAUUUUCAUUGGUGGACAUAGCUGUUCUUUUCUUGCUUUGAUACCCAUAUGAGAAAGAUAAUUCAAAAUAGAAGAUAGUAUUAAUAACCGACCCUGCGGAGACUAUCAAUACAUGAUAUGAUAAAGAGAAAUUGGUGUUUAUGGAAAAA